AUCGCGACGGAUGGUCAUCUUCUUCAGCUCACAUCGUCAGCGCAUCGCCUACCCUUUUGCUCUUGACUGACAACGCAUACAGCGCCAGCAUGCGAGUCGGCGAUCGAGCUCUACAUGGGCGUUGACAAAUUUGAGAAUGAAGAUCUGAUCAAGCACGCUUGGCCAGAAGACGUAUGGUUCCAUGUCGACAAGGUCUCUUCGGCGCACGUCUACUUGCGCAUGCCGGGCGAAGCCAUCGCUUUGCCAGACGCGACUUCAGUCACUCCAGCAGCUGUAGCGCCUGCACUUGCUGCCAAGCCAGGCACACAGCGCGGUGGAAAGUCGACAAGAGGAACGGCUAGGCCAGCCAUGCCCAGACCUUCCACAGUGCCGCACACGACGCGCAAGAUGACUCUGCAGACGAUCCCAUCGCAGUAUCUCAUCGAUGCCGCACAGCUUGUCAAGGCGAACAGCAUUCAAGGAUCAAAGAUGAAAGAUCUCAUCAUUAUAUACACGCCUGCUUCCAAUCUGCUCAAGACGAACGGCAUGGAAGUCGGCUCAGUCUCAUUCACGAAUGAGCGCCUUGUCAGACGGGUCCAUGUUGCCGACAAAGACCGAGAUAUCGUUUCUCGACUUGAGAAGACUCGCACAAUUCGGCAGGUUGAUUUCCAGGCAGAGAAUGUACAACGAAUCCGAGCGGCGCGUCUGAAAGCUCUCGAGGCUAAACAAUCCCAAUCAAAGUCAGCGACGCUUCAAGCGCAAGAGGCAGCAGAGAUUGAGCGGAUCCGGAAGGAGAAGCUCGAGCAAGACUAUGCGCAGAUGGAGGAAGCGAUGGCAAAGGCAGAGAUACAGAAGCGCAAGGCGAAAGAAGCUCGCCGCGCGAAGGGCGAAGAAGUAGAGAGCGAAGAUGAGAGCGCGAGCGAGGAUGGCUUCUGGUGACACCCGACAGUUCGCAGAGGAGGCAGAGUACGUCGUCAUGACGGUAUGUUUGGCUCCUUUGGCGCCGUUAUCGACAAACCAUCCUACACAUAGCCGAGCCCAAUGUUCCGUCGCUUGCUUCUGUCUUCGGCCUGCCUGUCGGUGUGUCUCAGCAACCCGAUUGACCCGAUCACAGAGCCACAGCUCGUCAGAUUUAGACCGAGCAUCUCCUAUGCUGUCAAAUGCAUCAUAGGCAACGACUACAGAGUCUUCUUCGGCUCAGAUUCUCGGG